AUGUACUUAGUAGCUGCUGCGCUGGCCAUGCUGGGCGCUGCGUAUGCUUCGGUGCCCCUCUACCGCCUCUUCUGCCAGGCCACUGGGUUCGGAGGGACAACGCAGCGGAAAGAGACGGUGGAGGAGAAGGUGGCGCGGCAGAAUGCAGAUAACACUGCAGCGCCUGCCAGGGAGCUGGUGAUUCAUUUUAAUGCUGACGUGGCAGAGGGGCUACCGUGGCGCUUCAUCCCCACACAAAGAGAGGUUCGGGUGAGGCCCGGCCAGAGCACGCUCGCGUUCUACACAGCACACAACAAGAGUGACAAGCCAAUCACAGGCGUCAGCACCUACAACGUCUCUCCCAUGAAGGCGGGCAUCUAUUUCAACAAGAUUCAGUGCUUUUGCUUCGAGGAGCAGAGGCUUCAACCUGGAGAGACCAUCGACAUGCCUGUGAGUGUGCCAUGGUGCAUGUGCCAUGUUCCACGUGUCAUGUGCCAUGUUCCACGUGUCAUGUGCCAUGUUCCACGUGUCAUGUGCCAUGUUCCAUGUGUCAUGUGCCAUGUUCCACGUGUCAUGUGCCAUGUGUCAUUGCCUAUGUGUCUUGUGCCCAAUCACAACCAUCCAAGCUAG